CUCGAGGCUCAGAUACAAGCUGAUAUACAACCGAUCAACGUGGCUUGGCGAAUUGAUGACCGUGAGCUGGUGAAAUCCGAACGACUCGAGAUGUCUUACAUUCAAGACACAGGACUCGCACGUUUAGUGAUUCGUAAGGCUAGUAAGCCUGACUCUGGCGAAUACACCUGCGUAGCUACUGGAGAAGUAGUGGAGCCAAGGACGGGAAGACGCCUCUCGAAGACAAUCACUUCCAGCUCGACGGUCCUUAUUGAAGCUACACCGACCUACAAAGCAGAUAUAAUCUUCAUCAAGCCGGUUGAAGUGAACUUGAAAAGAGAACAAGAAGAGCAGAUUCUCGAGAUAUAUUUUUUAUGCCCAUAUACGAUAAUGGCCGGAUCCGUAGUGAUGGCAUCUUUCAAUCCCUCCUCUGACAUUAAUAGGCUAGAAGCCCAGAUUCUGGCAGAUAUUCAACCCAUUCAGGUGACCUGGAUGCUGGGUGAUCGAGAAUUGGUGCAGUCGGAUCGUGUAGAGAUGACUUUCCUCGAGGACACUGGAGUUGCUCGACUUGUGAUCCGAAAAGCCAGUCAACCCGACUCGGGUCAGUACACCUGCGUGGCUACAGGAGAUGUGGUGGAACCAACGACAGGGAGACGACUCUCGAAGACCAUCGCUUCGAGCUCAACUGUUAUUGUCGAAGGUAUAUUUUGA